AUGACUUACUUUGAAGAGAGAGUGAACUUCCUUCGUCUGUCAUCUGAGAAUGGCAAGAAGCCCUUACCACUGGUUACACUCGGGGCUGUCAAUAGAGAUGGUUCUUUGCGUUACGCUAAGGCCUUUGGGGAGGCAUCGGUCGAGUCUACUGAUACCGAUGCCGUGCAUUGGGUGGCCUCUUCUACCAAGUUGGUGACUACUGUUGCGGUAAUGCAGUGUGUCGAGCGCGGUCUGCUAGACCUGGAUGCAGACAUCGCCAAUGUGUUACCGGAGUGGGAAAACCCCCGGAUCCUGACGGGCUUCGACGAGGGCAAUAAUCCUAUCUUUCGGCCGGCCACCAAGCCUAUUACCCUACGGAAAACCGCCGGUAGUCCAAACUUUUUCCAGUUCCAGUUCCUGCUUUUCGAACCGGGCGAACGAUGGAUGUACUCUCCCGGUAUUGAUUGGGCAGGAAAAGCAGUUGAGCGAGUCACUUUUAUGAAGCUUGGCGAAUACCUGCAGCGUUAUGUUUUCGAUAUUGUCUCCGUGAAGGAUACCACAUUCCAUAUUGAUCAGCGGGAAGACCUACGGGCUCGAAAGGUUAAAGCCUGGGUGCGAACAGAUUAG